UCGUAGCCUAUUUUAUUAUAUUUCCAAACACAUUUCUCAUUAAAACAAACCAAAUUCAAAGACAGGCUCCAUGACUAGUCAGACUAUCAUUAGCGCACCAGUAGUGCGACCCAAACUAUCGCGUGCCAAGCGACGCCAGAAAACGCACCUGAAGCUCAUUGAAUUGUACAAACAGAAUGAAUGUCUGUGGAAAGAGACCGACAAAGACUUUUUUAAUAUUGAGCACAAGGAGUGUGUUUGGGAGGAUAUUGCAGAGCAAAUGGCUUCUAAUCCUGCCAAAGCUUAUCCAGAAAAAUGGAAAGGUGUUAUACACAAAUUACGCUACAAGGUGCAAUUAGAUCAACUACGUGCUGACCAGGCCAAGUUAUUUAAGGCGCCGCUCGAUGAGUUGCCACAAAAGCCACUCUAUGCCGCACAUUUGGAUUUCCUAAGCAAAAAGUUUGAUAGGAAAAGUAAGAAACCUGCACUAGCUAAUCUUGACUCUGUAUCGCUUGCAUCAUGCGCUUCAAAGCAGCCGGAGAGUCUGGCAGCCAAGUGCAUGCGCUUGGGACGCAAUCAAUUUAAAAAGUGUGCUUCGAUGACGCAAAAGCUAAAAUCUCUAGAGGAUCUACGUAACAGCAACUGUAGCAUGAUGAGCUUAACCCAUGAGGCCUUGCAUAAGCUGAAAAAUUAACACAAAGCGCUUUGUAUAUUUUGGGCCUUCAUAAAAUUUGCCAAUAUAUAUUUACAUAUA